UAUGGAAUGUUCUAGGAGUCUGUGACCUUUGAGGAUGUGGCUGUGAACUUUACCCAAGAGGAGUGGGCUUUGCUGGAUCCUUCUCAGAAGAAUCUCUACAGAGAUGUAAUGCUGGAAACCUUCAGCAACCUCGCUUCUAUAGGGAACAGAUGGAGAGAGCAGAACAUGAAAGAUCAGCAUACAAACCCUGGGAGAAGUCUAAGCCACACCAUCUCUCACUCUGGAUAUAAACCAUAUGUGCAUGAAGAAUAUGGACAGAAGCUGUAUAAGUGUGAACAAGGUGGGAAAACCUUCAUUUCUCUUACAAGUGUACAAGGACACUUGGCAUCUCACAGUGUAAAUGGACCAUAUGAGUGUAAAGUAUGUUUCAAAGCCUUUGAUUUUCUCAAAUCAUUUAGAGUACAUCAACAGACUCACAGUGUGAAGCUUCACAGUAUAGAAAAUCCCUAUGACUGCAAGCAAAGUGCAGACACCUUUGUUUGUUGUAGUUCUUUUCAAAUACAUGGAAGAAUUUACACUGUAGAAAAAUCUUACGAAUGUAAACAAUGUGGAAAAGCCUUCAGACAUCUCAGCUACCUUCGAGUACAUAAAAGAACCCAUAAUGAGGAAAAUCCCUACAAAUGUAAGCAGUGUCGAAAAGCCUUCAAAGAUCACAGUUCCCUUCAUGUACAUGAAAGAAGUCACAAUGGAGAAAAACCCUAUGAAUGUAAACAAUGUGGAAAAAACUUCAGAUAUAUUGGUCACUUUCGAGCACAUCAAAGACGUCAUACUGGAGAAAAAUUCUAUGAAUGUAAACAAUGUGGAAAGGCCAUUAAACAUCUUAGUUACCUUCAAAUACAUGAACGAAUGCACAGUGAAGGAAAACCCUAUGAAUGUAAACAAUGUGGUAAAAUGCUCAGUAGUUCCAGUUCUCUUAAAUUACAUGAAAGAACUCAUACCAGAGAAAAACCAUGUGAAUGUAAACAUUGUGGUAAAAUUCUUAGUUCUUCCAAGUCCCUCCAAAGACAUGAAAAAAUUCAUACUAGGGAUAGACCCCAUGAAUGUAAACAAUGCCAUAAAGCCUUCAGAGACCACAGCUCCCUUCAAGUGCAUGAAAGGAUUCAUACUGGAGAAAAACCUUAUGAAUGUAAACAAUGUGGAAAAAACUUCAGAUAUCUCGGUCACUUUCGCGUACAUCAAAGACGUCAUACUGGAGAAAAACCAUAUGCAUGUAAACAAUGCGGCAAAGCCUUCAGUGAUCAUAGUUGUUUCCGAAGACAUGAAAAAACACAUACUGUAGAAAAACCCUACCAAUGUGAGCAAUGUUUUAAAGUCUUCAAAUACCACCUUUCCCUUCGAAGACAUGAAAGAACUCAUACUGGUGAAAAACCAUAUGAAUGCAAAGAGUGUGGUAAAGCCUUCAGAGACCACAGCUCCCUUCAAGUACAUGAAAGGGUUCAUACUGGAGAAAAACCUUAUGAAUGCAAACAGUGUGGAAAAGCUUUCCGGUAUCUCAACUACCUUCAAGUACACGAAAGAACUCAUACUGGAGAAAAACCCUAUGAAUGUAAACAGUGUGGCAAAGCUUUCAUGUGUCUUGGCUACCUUCGAGUACAUGAAAACACUCAUACUGGAGAAAAACCCUACCAAUGUAAACAGUGUUUUAAAGUCUUCAAAUAUCACCUAUCUGUUCGAAGACAUGAAAGAACUCAUACUGGAGAAAAACCUUAUGAAUGUAAAUACUGUGGUAAAGCCUUCAGAUACCAUAGCUCCCUUCAAGUACAUGAAAGAAUUCACACUGGAGAAAAACCCUACAAAUGUAAACAGUGUGGAAAAGCCUUCCGGUAUCUCAACUACCUUCAAGCACAUGAAAGAACUCAUACUGGAGGAAAACCAUAUCACUGUAAACAGUAUGGGAAAGCCUUCAGAAAUGUAUUACCUUUAAGUACAGGAACAUGCAGUGAAGGAAAUCCCUAUGUAUAUACAUAAUAUGGCAAAGCUCUUAGUUCUAGUCCCUUGAAUUACAUAAAGGAACUCAUUGAAGAAAAAAUGUGAGCAAACUAUGUGGUAAAGUUCUUAGCUCUUCCAAGUCUUUUUGAAGACAGAAGAAAAUAUAUGCCUGGAAUAAAUUCUAUACUUGUAAACAAUGUGGUAAAGCCUUCAGUCCUUACCAGUCCUUUCAAUGACAGAAAAGAACUACUGAAGAAAAGUUCUAUGAAUGUAAACCAUAUGUGAAGUCCUUCAUAGGUCACAAUUUGCCAUGAAGACACACAUACUGGAGAAGAUCCUAUGAAUGUAAACAGUUCACUAAAGCCUUCAGAGAUCACAGUUCCCUUCAAGUGCAUGAAAGAGCAUGAACUAGUAUUGAGGUUUGUUAAAUGAUUUUCUGUAUCUCUUGGGAUGAUCUUGCUUUUUCUAAUAUGUAUUAUCUUUCAAAUAUGAAAACAUGGCUUUUAUAGGUUCAAUCCCUUUUGAUAUGGGAUAUAAGAAUUUUUACACUUGCUUUUCUAAUACUUUUUUGAGGCCUUUGUGUCCUUAUUAAAGGGAUUUUUUUAAUAGUACUGGGCUUGAACUGUGCUCAAAAAUUUUUUAUACCUUAUAGCAUGUAUUUAGUGUAUAUAAAGUGUGUUUUAUGCAUGUGUAAUGUAAACAUAUUUAAUAUGUAGAAUAUAGCAUGUUUGUGUAUAAGCAUAUGUUAUAUAUAACUGGUUUAUAUUUUAUGUAAUUAAAAUUACAU